AGCGCCCGGAGCGGGGCGGGGCGGCGGCCAUGGCGGCGCCCGGGCUGGCCGGGCUGUUCGCCGUGUACAAACCGGCGGGGGUGGCCUGGGGCCGCGUCCGGGAGGCGCUGGAGACGCGGCUGCUGCGCGAGCUGAACGCGGCUCCACAACGCGCCCCCCGGCAGCAAGUCCGCUUCCUCCCGAGGCCGGCCCCGGAGGGCGGCGGGGCCGUGGAGCUGGUGGCUGCCAGCGUGCCGGUGCUGGCCGACCACCCCCUCGUCCGAGGCCCGCGGUUCAGGAAGCUGAAGAUCGGAGCAGGUCACCGGCUGGAUGUGAAGGCUUCGGGAGUUUUCGUGCUUGGCAUCGGCCAUGGGAACAAGCUGCUCACUGACCUGUACAACUGCCACCUGACCAAGGUUUAUACUGUUGGUGGGCUUUUUGGUAAAGCCACUGAUGACUUCUCAGACACAGGAAAUUUAAUAGAGAAGACAACGUUUGAUCAUAUCACAAGGGAGAAGCUGGAGAGGAUUCUUGCUGUCAUUCAAGGGACAAAUCAAAAGGCCCUGCUGAUGUAUUCUAACAUUGAUAUGAAAACACAAGAGGCAUAUGAGCUGGCUGUCAAAGGCUUGAUUCGCCCCAUGGGAAAAAGCCCCCCAAUAAUCACAGCAAUCCGAUGCCUCCAGUUUGCACUUCCAGAAUUCCAGCUAGAAAUCCAUUGCUUGCAUGAGACUCAGCAGUACCUGAGGAAGGUGGUUCACGAGAUUGGCCUGGAGCUGAAAUCAUCUGCUGUGUGCACACAAGUGCGGAGGACGCGCGACGGCGUUUUCACGGUGGACGACGCUCUCCCGAGAACUCAGUGGAACCUGCAGAGCAUCCAGGAGGCAAUUAGGAACUGUCAGCUCAAAGUGCAAACAGAGCUGGAGAAAACCCUGGCAGCACAUGAGGAGAACAGUCCUCUCCAUCAGCUGGAUGGGACACAGCUGAGCAUGCUCUGCAGGAGCCUCCGUGAGCAGCACAAUACAGCAGAGACGUGCCAGCGAGGUGAUGGACAGCAGAAGGAAAGAGGUUAAUUGCAGUUCACUUCCACCCUUUCCUUGAGAUGACUUUUAUCAGAGGCUGUUUUUUCUUCAGUGACAGACUGUAUCUUUUUUUUUUUUUUUAAGCAUCACAAACAGUUCAUUAACAGGAGGUAGCUGUGCCAAAAUUCCUGUUGAUUUUGAGAACAUUAGGUUGCUAAGGGAUAUAAAAACCCAUUCCUGUAUUGUUUAGCAGCAGGAAGUGGUGUCUUAGAAAGCUGUAUUCCCUUGACUGCACACAUUUGUUCCUUGCAACUGGCAGCAUAAUUUAUCUGCUGUAUGGAUUUUAUUUUCCCUGUGUUCUCCUGGAGUAUUUUCUUUCCAUUAGCUCUGAUCUCAGAGACAUGAGAGCUCAAGAUCAGGCCAGAUGAGGGAUGUAUAGGAGAAAACACAGCUUACCCAAAGCAAUGCAAGGAAAUGGUUCUAUCCAGAGUAGGCAUGUGAUGAAAAGUGGCUUAUAAUGGGGACUAAUGCACAGGAUACACAAAAAUAAAAUGGAAAAUGACCUAAUGGGGAAGAGGUUGGUUCUUGGCUCAGUACUCAUCCAGGUACAUUGGCCCAUAAAAACCCUGCAAGUGCUACUUUAUUUUACCCUUUUUUUCCUGAGGAGCCAAGGGUAUUCAGUGGUCUCUGGUGUGCUCUGCAGCAGCUCCUUGCAGACAGCAGGUCCUGCCCUUUGUUGAAACUGUAAACACUGUGAUACCAUUUGGUCUCUGUUAGCUCAUUAUAGCUGGGUCUGACUUUGCAGAAACACACUUUCUAAAUUGAAGUUAAAAGUCUGGAAUAACACUUACCAUUAUUGCACUCAAUGGUUUUCCAGUUAUAUACUUAGUGAGUUUGGAGAUCUAUUUAUGGAAAGCAGAAGAUUUGUUCUGUUCCUCUCCUGGACUUGGACAAGGGCCAGCACAUUUCAUCCUCCAGGUGACAGCCAUGGAGGUACCAGAGUGACUCUGGGAGGGGCAGUCAUGGGGGCCAUGAUGAAGUGUCUCAGAGGCAAUGUGCAGUCCUGUCCUGAAGCAUCCCAGGAGUUCUUAGAGCCUGGAAUAUUUCAGUUCUGGUUCCUCUGGGCUGCACAGAGGAGCCAGAACAGCCGUGGAACGCAGCUGCCACCACCUGGCAGAGCCCCAGUGCCAGCAGCAGGCAUUCCCCAAGGACACCGUGCCCUGUCCCUGGCUCUGUGGGUGUUCCCAUCCUCCAUGGACAAGGGAUUGGGAUCAGGGACCUUCCCUGGACACCUGCCCAGUGCUGCCUGAAGCAUAAACCCAUCCCUGCAGCCACAAGCAGAACACUUGCACAGCUACAGCUGAAGUUUUAACCCCAGAGCUCCUACAUAGUGGGGAAUAAAACAUGGACUUCUCACUCCUUGAACAACCUGCAGUAACUCUGGUAAUGGACUAUAUUUCAUCCCCUCAGCUCACACCUCACACAAACUGGAGAAUUUCCAUGUAUUCUAUUGCAAAACCAAUUCCCAGUGGUGUUUGUCACUGACAGAGGAACAUUUUGGUUGGAACACUCCAGGCUGAACCAGUUCUUCUACACAGAAAAUACCAGCCAAAACAGCAACUUGAGUAACAAAGUUUGCAUUUCCCA